GUCUUACAACGGGGGAAGGGCAAGGCUGACCUGGAAGGAGAAAGAUCUGAACCAAUAGUACAGGCACAGAAGCGCACAAGGUGGAAAGGGGCGGCCCGAUGUACAAUAAAAUAUGCACGGGAGGAACUAGGGUGCUAACACUGCUAAGGUUUUUCCAAAUCUUUUGAAGAGAACAAGUACCGAAUGAGUGCUCAUCCUAAGGUGGAAGUGUGGUUGAAUUCGCCUGGGUCAUUUAUUACAGGAGAAGUACCAGAUGAGAGUAUGGACGUGUGGCGAGACGAGCCUGAGAUGAGCGGGCAGACCUGGCUGGACACUUCGGAGGAGACGAAGAAGGACAGGGAUAUGACCAGCACGUCCAGCAUGUCCAGUAGCGGUCAGUUCUUACAGCUGCCCAGUGUCCCUGGACCCAUCAACACUCCGUCUAUCGCCAGCUUCCGCAGCCAUGAAGAUGCUGGAGAGCACAGUCUCCCCAGCUUCAGCCCUCCUCCCAGCCUGCGAGUGACGUCCUUAGAGGAACAGUUCUACAACAAUCCAGCCUUCAGCAUCCAAGACUUUGACAAGGACGAUGAUAUGGAGAGCUUUGACAGGUCAAGCACGAGUGAAACCCACACAGCAGCAAAUAACUCCCAUGGCAGUACCACCAUCACCAGCCGCCACCUCCUGAACAUCCCGACGCUGGUCCAGUCCGGGGGGCCGCGGCACCACGGGGCCAUGAGCGUGGCCAGCUCGUGCCCGUCCUGGGGAGACGAGAGCUGCGUGCCGCCCCCGCGCCUGGACGAGCCGGCAGGAGACGAGCCGUGGUACCGCCUGGACCUCCCGCCCAGCCGCCUGUCCUCCAUCAGCGACGGCAGCGUGUGGAGUGUACGGCCUUACCUGUCCAAAGACCACCCUGCCUUUGGAAGGCUGAAGACCCUGUUUGAGCGCCUGACAGAGCGGACACGCCAGGCUAAGGACCAGAUCAUCCAGCCCCCCACCCCCUCCACCUCAGCAGCAAGUCUGGACAGUGAUAAUCAGGAGGACAGGCAGCAUCUGUCCUUUUCGUCACUGACGAAGCCGUUACCAGCCGGGUCCCAGCAGGAGGAGGAGGCUGAGCCCAGAGUGAUCUCCCUUCUCAAGUGGCAGUUCCGGGUUCCUCAGAUCAUUCCCACAACACUGGACCCGCUGGAAAGUCGUCUGUACAUGACUUGGUUGGUGAUGGUGGCUGCAGCCUUUACCUAUAACGCCUGGACCAUCUUCCUGCGCCAGUCCUUCCCCUUCCAGACACCGACUAACUACCCCGUCUGGCUGUUCUUCGACUACCUGUGUGACCUGAUCUACAUCCUGGACAUUGUGGUGUUCCGACAUCGGGUCCGCUUCAUUGAGAAGGGGGAUAUGGUGUAUGAUGGGAAGAAGACCAGACAGCACUACAUCAAGUCACGGGACUUCAAGCUGGACCUGGCCUCCCUUCUCCCAUUGGACCUGUUAUACCUGCAGGUUGGGCUGAACUUCCCCAUUCUCCGGGUACCAAGACUGCUCAAGAUCCGUGUGUUCUGGGAGUUUACUGACAGGGCAGAGAGUGUCUUGAAAUCUGCAAACAUCUUUCGCAUAGUGAAGACCACAGGGUACAUGCUGUACAUGAUCCACCUGGAUGCCUGCAUGUACUACAAAGUGUCAGACUUCCAGGGACUGGGGUCCAGCCGAUGGGUCUAUAGUGGGUCUGGCAACAGCUAUAUCCGCUGUUAUUACUGGGCCACUCGAACCCUGCUGUCCAUCGGAGGCAUCCCCUCCCCCACCAAUGACUUUGAGUACCUCAUCAUGCUGUGUAACUGGCUCUUGGGGGUCUUUGUGUUUGCCAUGAUUAUUGCACAGAUCCGAGAUGCCAUAGGGACUGCCAACAAGGCGAAGGCUGAGUUCCGACGUCGGAUGGACAGUGUGGUGACGUACAUGACUCGCUUCAACAUCCCCAAACCUGUGCAGGACCGUGUGCGACAGUGGUACACUUACACAUGGAGCAAGGCUCGCAUGCUGGAUGAGAUGGAGCUGUUAAACCAGCUGCCUGUCAAGAUGCGGACUGACCUUGCCAUCCAGGUGCACAUGGGCACGCUCAGCAAGGUCAAGCUUUUCCAGGACUGUGACCGGCAGUUCCUGCGUGACCUGGUGCUGAAGUUGAAGCCUGUUCUGUACCUUCCCGGGGACGUCGUCUGUAGGAAGGGUGAGAUUGGCAGGGAGAUGUACAUCGUGAAUGAAGGGUCUGUACAGGUGGUGGGAGGGAACAGUGGACGAACCGUGCUGGCAACACUCAAUGUCGGCAGUUACUUUGGAGAGAUCAGUCUGCUGGCAGUUGGUGGUGGAAACAGGCGUACUGCAGACGUGGUGUCUCCCGGCUUCACCACCCUGUUUGUGCUGGAUAAGAAGGACCUGAGCGAGUCUAUCAAGGACUACCCACAGGUGCAGGAGGUGCUCAAACACAAGGCAAAAAAACUGCUGAAGAAGAGCGCUAAACGAGAUGCAGUUGAAGAUAAGAAAGGCACCAAACAGAUGUCCCUGGUGCAGGAUGCCCUGGUGCUGGUCCCCAACGAUGAACCACGUCAGGACACCCCCAAACUGUUCCAGACUGUGGUGCAGGUGGCCAGACAGAAGGGCCUGGCAUCCAAGCUUCUGCGAUACCCACGGAAAAGGAAAGGAAAAGUGAGUCCGGGCCUUUCAAAAGAUGUCUGGACGACCACCAGUUCCAGCACAGGGUCCAAGUCAGGGAAGCCGUCCGUAAGUCCUGCUGACAUAAGUGAUGACGACUACUCUACUGCACAGUCAGAGGAUGACUUUGAAAGUGGACAAAAACCUGACAAGCACAAGGUUGGCCCAGGAAAGCGAGCCCAGAACAGUAAUACGGACACGUACUCGGACAUUUUGUCCAGUGGUUUUCUCAGGACCAGUCCCUUACCUCCCAUUGACCAUCGAAAGGGAGGACGGCGGCAUUCGGACAUCCCCAAGGCAAUAACAGUUGAGGCAGUGAUGGAGAAACAGAGAAGUCUGCCACUCCCCAGCAUCUCACUGGAGCUGGACGAUGCAGACGUGGAGGACACUGGGGGAGAGUGAGGAAAAUGUGUAACCAAAAUACAGUCAAACCUGCCCAAGAGGACCAGUCAGAGGACCGAUAAAAUCUGGUCUAUGUGGACACAUGGUUACUACAGCAUAAACAGGAUUCUUAUAAUGCUUGCGCCAAUAGGAAUUAUCUAUAGAAGUAAUAACCACCACGUCAUGGUCUUUAUGUAUAGGUGGUCACUUGUACACCUGUAAUACAUUUGGUUGCAGUACUUUUUAGAGCUGAAGAAAGAUGGCAGAUGUAGUCUGAAAGCUUCUCAAAGCUUAACUUCAGUUGUGAGUGAUAUAUUAGUUUGAAUCCUUGAUGUUCAAUACUAUAUAUUUGUAUCAAUAGGAUGUACAUGUAUGUUUCUGAUACGUGCCUUGAGAUUUGGUCAUUGAGCUGUCUCCAAGUUGUGCAUGUAAACACUGGUCAUAGAUGGUUGCUUGGUCAACUAAAUGUAAGAAAUAGUACACAUUAUGGUUUGUAU